AUGUACACAAAACCAUUUGCUUUGCAUGAAGGAAAAAAGCAUAUUUCAUGUGGUCAGCGGCCUGUCUCGCGAACACGCAUUGUCGGGGGAGAAGAAGCAGUCCCUCACUCGUGGCCAUGGCAACUGUCACUCCAGAUGUUCGGGAUGCAUAAUUGUGGAGCGUCCUUGAUAACUCCACAAUGGGCGGUUACCGCUGCUCACUGUGUACAGAACAAUUACUGGUACUACAGUCUGCAAGCAGGUUCUCACUUGCGUCAAGACGAUGGGGUUCAGUUGAAGAUUGCUAAGAUUUUCCCACAUAAAGGCUACAGUCGAAGUCAUCUGCGGCACGACAUCGCCCUCAUCAAACUGGCUAGUCCGGCCAAGCUGAGCGCGACCGUGAAUACAGUGUGCUUGCCCAAACAGGGCAGUCUUGCUAAACCGGGCGGUAACUGCUAUAUAACAGGUUGGGACAGAAUACUACCCAACGACUUCAAGAAAAUGGCGGACAAACUUCAGCAGUCUCGCGUCCCUGUGAUUGUCCAUAAAGAAUGCCGCUCAAAAAAUGGCGGGAAAGUCGACCAAUCAACGAUGAUUUGCAUUGGUGGCCGCGGAAGCAGCGCCUGCAAUAGGGACAGCGGUGGACCGCACUGGGUGUUGCGUGGUUCCUCCCCGUGGGUGACUGAUCGCUCGUGCCCAGGCCACUCCUACUCUGUCUAUGCGCGCGUUAGUUCACACGUGGGUUGGAUCAAGAGCGAGAUCGGAGGUAGGUUAUCGGGUUAUGCUAAUGGGCGACUGCAGAGACACCUGGUGUGCUGGUGUGUUCGGUACGCCAAAUUCUGUGGAACGACUGCAAGUAUCAAAAACGUUGCAAGAAGACCUGCAAUAAGUGCUGAAGGAAGUAAUGUUUCACCCAAAAGACCGAGCCACCCCUGUGGUCUUCGUGGGAAAUCAUCCCCUUUAUUACGCCUAAAAUCCCCAAAACAGUCGAAUAAUAUUUGGCUAAUAAAGGAGGACAUUGCCUUGGUCCAGUUUGUUGCCCGGCACAAAGACUUGCAGCCCACAGCUACAGAGUGGCCAUCGGUAAAUACGAAAUCGAAGUAUUGGUUGGAAGCUGCCAACUUUAUAGCAAGUCAUGCUGGCACCACUUACACCUGCAAAGGGGGACCAGUACGACAGAGAGUUGUUACCUAUAUGAAGAGCAAAUUUAAAACAGUAACUGAUGCUGAACAGUUUUAUAGUAGUGGUACCAAAGCCAAAUGGAACCGUGCGAAUAUGCGUCGACCUCACGAAGCUCAACAAAGAAACAAGUGUAAGUUCUCAGAGAAGAAGAUUGAGUACCUUGGACAGGUGAUCGAUAACGAGGGGAUCAAGAAAAAUCCCGCCAAGGUGAAAGCUAUCGUCGACAUGGAUGAACCUAGGGACAUCCCUAGCCUGAGACGAUUUCUCGGGAUGGUGAACCAACUAAUGAAGUUCUGUUCCAAUCUAGCAGAGAGGACGCAACCACUUCGCGACCUGCUUAAGAAGAAUAGCGCAUGGGUUUGGGGCAAGGCGCAAGAUGAUGCCUUCGAUGACUUGAAAGAAGAAAUGGCUUCAGAGAGAGUGCUUGCACUGUAUAGCCCCGAGAAAGAGAUUGUAGUCUCCGCGGAUGCAGGCAGCUUUGGAUUGGGGGCAGUACUCAGGCAGAAGCAGCCAUCCGGAGAAAUGCGUCCUGUUGCAUAUGCAAGCAGAUCUAUGACAAACACCGAGUGCAGAUACGCACAGAUAGAAAAAGAGGCAUUAGCAACCACGUGGGCCCUAGAGCACUGGUCCGAUUUAUUGGUAGGCAUGAAGUUCACUGUCAAAACAGACCACAAGCCCCUUGUACCCCUGUUUACUUCCAAGAUGAUCGAUGAGCUGCCGGUACGCAUACAGCGUUUCAGAAUGAGGCUGAUGAGGUACGAUUUUGAUACUCGGCACGUUCCAGGCAAGGAACUUUAUACCGCAGAUGCACUAUCUAGGUGCCCACUAAACGAAAAGAGGUCUGAGACGUCGUGCCAGUCUGACCACCUGUACGCUGAAGCAGACUGUUAUGUGAAUACCAUACUGCUACACCUGCCAGCAUCCGACAAGAAACUAGAGGAAAUACGGCCAGAUAUCUUACGAUACCUACAUGAUGGUCACCAAGGCAUAUCCAAGACACGGGACAAUGCAGCAUCGUCCGUUUGGUGGCCCGGAAUCUCCAAACAAAUUGAAGAGAUGGUUCGCAAUUGUGCCACCUGCGAAAAAUAUCGGAAAGAACGUAUAGAACCGAUGAAGGGAACAGAUUUCCCAGAGCGACCGUGGUCCAAACUCGGAGCAGACUUCUUCCAACAUGAAGGCCGACACUACCUGCACAUAAUCGACUACUAUUCGCGCGAUAUCGAAAUAUACUUGGUGAGCAAGAAUGUAACAGCCUGUGAUACAGUAAACAAGAUGAAGAAUGCCUUUAGUCGACAUGGAAUCCCAGAUAUCUUAGUUACCGACAACGGACCACAGUUCGCCUCUGCAGAGUUCAACAAGAUUGCGGCAACAUGGCUAAGUAUGGGUCGCAAACUAAAAACGAGAGUACCGUGCCACCCUGACGAGUUGAAACCUCAACUCCCAGACAAUGAUGUAGUGAGAAAGAGAGAAAGAGAGUACAGAAGAGAAAUGCGGGAAGACUAUGACCGCAGACACAGAGUUGCAGAGGGGGAGGAGUUAGCAGAAGGUGAUCGAGUAUGGAUACCAGACCUAAAGACGGAGGGGACGAUAAUCAGGCCACACGAAACCCCACAAUCGGUUGUUAUACAAACACCAAAGGGAUUGCGGAGACGAAACCGUCGACAGGUAAGAAGAGCCUUAGGAAGCCCUCAGCCAACAUACGCAGUACAGGGCCCCUAUACUUCCCGAGAGUUACACGACUCCGGAAGCAAUACAAAGCCAGUCAAGCCCUCUCCCGAGAAAGAGAAAGAGACCUUCAAUGAAAUGUCUGGACCCACACAAGGAGAUGGGAAUCGAGUACCACAGCCGUGCCCUACGCCAGAGCAGCCAACCCUUAAGCGAUCAGAGAGAGGGGACUGGGGCGAAGUAAGAUGGCGGCCUCCUAGAGCGAUCGGACUACGAUUGUAUGGUAGCACCUUAGAGUAUCUUAGACACAGUAAACGUCUUACUACACUUGUCUCCGCCCUUGGCAUUGUGGAUGCACACACACUCCUCCUUGGUCUGUUUAGGCAUGCAAGUAAAGUCUUUCAGGGGACCAUUCUGGAUGCAUUAUAUCUUGAGUUAGCAAAGGCUUGCGGCAUACGCACACAUCCAAAGGAUUUUGGAACGUUUUCCAUUAAUGUCAUGAAGAAUCUCCAAAUGCAAGGCAAACCCAACUUGGUUUACAAAUGGUGCCAGUACCUUCAUGGGGUUAACCGAUCCUUGCAGCUAGAUAGGAUGCCAUUUGGAAUGAUCCAGUACCGCAUUGAGUUUUUCAGUUGUACACAUAUAGCACAGAUAUAUGUGUCCCCUGACUAUAAAAUAUGGCUAGACACAAUGGAGGCAGAGUUUGGUGGUGGAAAGUUUAAGCGCUUGUUUCGUGGCCCUAUGUGGAAUGGCUGUGACAAGAAAGACAUUGGUGAUCCCUCAAAGGCCAAACCCAACAUACCAUGCAGAAGCAAACAAGCCCAACUGAAUGCCAUUGCUAAGAGUGACUUCUCUUCUAAGCCAGAAAUACAGACUGAUGGGACUGAUGUGAAGGAAGCCUUACAAGAGUCAUUAUUAAAAGUAUGGAAUGGUGAUGUUGAUGGAGCACUUGAAACCCUACAGGGACUGUAUGAUGACCGACUCCAUGUAUCGCAAGCUCUUAGUGUCCACAAAUUGUGUGGGAAAGAGUUAAGGGACCCAGUAGUGGCUGUUAACAAUGAGCUAAAUAACAACAUCCUGUUUCUCUAUUAUGGGCUUGCCAAGGCUGUUCAACUCUUCAGAAAGAAAUUUGAUCCCCCCAACACAAAGACUGAGAAGUUGAUGUCACUCAACUGGGAAAUUGUUGAGUUUAACACGCUUUUAGAGCAGGCAACUCGCUUUAGAGAAGUAACAAAAGAAAUGUUGAACUGUCUGGACCCUCUUCUUAGCAUGUCCAAAGAUUUGAAAGAGAGUCUGGAAUCCAACAAGGAAAAAAAGCCUCCCAGGAUGUUGCCAGCUUGUGAAAAAAGGCUGGAGACUAUGAUCAGUUCCUGAAGAACCUCU